UCCCCGCUGAGAACCUGCGCUGUUUCCCUCCUCCCCGUUAGCGAGCCCAGACAGGCUAAGCCGAGCACCUGUCCGCGCGGAUCACGCCGUGUCACUGGCCGUCGCGGAGCUGAGACCGUUAAAUAAAUUUGCGAGCCGGUUUUUGCCUCUUAUUUUUUAUUUAUUUGCGGCACUUUUAGACAGAAGAAUGACGUACCAGAAGAACAAGCAUGGGCUCGCAGAGAUCAAAGCGCUGGAGAAUCUUCUGGACACGUGCAAACUAGACCUGAAUGCCAUCGAUGAGGUCUGGCCGAACUUAUUUAUCGGUAACGUAGCAAUCGCUCAGAACAGAACCGCUCUGAAGAAGUUGGGCAUCACUCACAUCUUGAACGUUGCCCAUUCGAAGCAGGGCAGCAUUGGAGACCAGAGCUACUACGGCGAGGAGUUUGUUUACUACGGAAUCCCAGCAGAGGACUCCUCCAGGUUUGACCUCAGCGUACACUUCAGGCCUGCGAGUGAUUUUAUCCACAAAGCUCUGAAGAAAAAAAACGGAAAGGUUCUUGUGCACUGCAUUAUGGGAGUGAGCCGAUCGUCUACACUAGUCCUGGCCUACCUCAUGUUACGUCAUCGUCUCACCCUCCGCAGUGCCAUCCAGAAGGUCGUACAGAGGAGAGCUAUUUAUCCUAACAGGAACUUUCUGUCGCUCCUUCUUGAGCUGGACACACAGCUGCAGAGAAAACGAAUGCUGUGUCCAAUUCUCUGACAGCACAAUGCUGUCUGUCACAAACAUUACAGUCUAGCGCUGUGACAAGAGACUAGUCACUGUUUACAUCGUACAUAAAUUUCUAUUGUCCCAUUUUAAAGAAAAAACGUUUAUUAAAAUGUAGGCGUCUAUUUUAAAUUACAUUCUAGGGAUAUAUGUAUAUUUAUAACACAAUGUUAUUAAUUUGCUUUCAUUGUCAAAGAAAAGUGCUUCCAGUUGAAGAAAAGUUUAAAAGUGUUAGAUUUUUUUAAGGAUUUGCAGGGGAGGUUAAGAGUGAAAAUACCCAGCAGGUAUAGGCUACAGCAGGGGUAUUCGGUUCCAGUCCUCAGAGUCGGAGUUUAACAGAGUUUGCAGGGAAAUCACCAAACUGUGCUGGACUUUGCCCUCCAGAAUAAGAACUGAUGACCCUUUGUUUGAAGACUACAGAAACAGGCUGGGUGUUUCUCUACUUAACAGUAUAGAAUCAUGACUAGUGCAGAGGCUGGUUAGAACUGCCUGUUAACACAAGUUAUUUUUACUUCUUGGUCGUCAGGGAAGAAAAGGCAGGGUUGGCCAGCUGAACAGCAGCUCACAGGUUUCAGCAGAAACAGAGGGAGAAGGUACAGCUAGGUGAGAUGUCUGAAGCGGGUACAUUUUCCAACACAUGCCAGGGAGCCAACACUAUUUCAGUAAGGGUCAGCUGAGAAUACAAAGUGAGGCCCUUACAUAGACAGAACUUAAAGGGGAGAAACAAAGUCAUUCAGAGUGGUUUGAUGUAAAGUGCAUAGUAGAGAAACGUACUGAGAUUUCUUUGCAGUGGUGGUGAUAUGAACCAGGAGCCGCGAUAUGUGCAACGUAAAUAUAGCCAUUUUAUUUACUAUCUAAAAUGUCGAAUAAACUACUACUAUGGUAAAAUAGUUGUAAGUCUGAAGAAAAGAUUCUCUAGAAUGAACCAUUUCACGUCAAACCACUCAAAAAUCAGUGGAAUUAAGUUAAUUAGGUCAAUUAAGUUCUGUCUCCACAAAUUGUAUAUUAUUGUAUGUAUUUCUCUUUGUUGUUGUUCAGACUGGAGUAAAUACCUUUCAACGAGUCUAUGAAAUAUUAUGUCAACGAAGAAAAUGAAGAAUGAAUUUGAUUUUCAAAGUACUUGAUUACUUUAAUGUCGUAAUCAUGUAAUUCACUUUUUAAAUUUACUAAUUCAGCUCCCUCUGAUCCCUUUUAAUUUGUUUAACAGCUGUUUGUCUUCCAGUGUUUCCCCUCACUGUAUCUCUGUCAAUAAUAUUGGUGGACCUGGGACUGAUGAUGCAUUUGUACACGUUACAGAUUAUAGGACUCACAUAUUCAUGACUAAUUAGAUGACGCUGAGGUGUUUAAACAAAACUCUGAAAAAAUAGUAGAUUAAGAGAAGAGAUAUAAAGAUAUAAAGGAAUGAUUUCUAUGUUAGAAACAGCGUUGUAUUCAUUUCUGUCUGUAUUACUUCCUACAGUCUAAAAUUACUGCCUCUUUAUAAAAAUAACAAACCAAGAUGAUGAAUGUUGUUUACACAGUCUGCGACUGAAUUACCGUUUGCCAAAUAAAGUUGCCUUGUCAGG